CGCGGGUACUCUCUUUUCCUGUUUGCGAGAAGGAGUCGAACAUGGCGGCGAUGGAAGGUGCGUUAAAUGUAUUGGGGCAGAGAACGUCUGGAGAUUCGAUUCGCACUCAGAAUGUGAUGGCAGCAGCUUCCAUUGCCAACAUUGUGAAAAGCUCCUUGGGACCAGUUGGCCUCGAUAAAAUGUUAGUCGAUGAUAUUGGUGAUGUCACCAUCACUAAUGAUGGAGCAACAAUUCUCCAGCUGCUUGAAGUAGAACAUCCAGCUGCUAAGGUGUUAUGUGAAUUAGCUGAUCUGCAAGACAAGGAAGUAGGGGAUGGUACAACAUCAGUUGUUAUUCUUGCUGCUGAACUACUUAAGGGUGCAGAUGAGUUGGUCAAACAGAAAAUUCAUCCAACCUCCAUCAUUGGUGGUUAUCGUCUUGCCUGCAAGGAGGCAGUCCGUUACAUCCAGGAGAACUUGACCAUUAAUAUGGAUGAACUAGGCAGAGAGUGUCUUGUCAAUGCUGCUAAAACAUCCAUGUCAUCAAAAAUAAUUGGAGUUGAUGCAGAUUUCUUUGCCAACAUGGUGGUCGAUGCUGCUCAUGCAGUAAAAUUCACAGAUGCUAAAGGUCAGCCUCGCUAUCCAAUCAAGGCGAUAAAUCUGCUAAAGGCUCAUGGACGGAGCCAGAGAGAGAGUCUUUUGGUGAAUGGUUAUGCACUUAAUUGUACUGUUGGUUCACAAGGAAUGACUAAAAGAAUAAUUAAUGCAAAGAUUGCAUGUUUGGACUUCAGCCUGCAGAAGACAAAAAUGAAGUUGGGUGUUCAAGUUGUCAUCUCAGACCCAGAAAAAUUGGACCAGAUUAGACAAAGAGAAUCUGAUAUUACUAAAGAGCGAAUUCAUAAGAUCUUGGCUACAGGAGCAAAUGUCAUCCUGACCACUGGUGGCAUUGAUGACAUGUGUCUAAAGUAUUUUGUGGAUGCUGGUGCCAUGGCAGUCCGCCGUUGUCUGAAAAAGGACUUGAAGCGAAUUGCAAAAGCAAGUGGAGCAACUGUGUGUUCAACUUUGGCAAACUUGGAGGGGGAAGAGACUUUUGAAGCCUCCAUGUUGGGCCAGGCUGAGGAAGUGGUUCAAGAAAGGAUAUGCGACGAUGAACUGAUACUGAUUAAAAACACAAAGGCCCGUACAUCUGCUUCCAUCAUCCUGCGUGGAGCAAAUGAUUUCAUGUGUGAUGAGAUGGAGCGCUCUGUCCAUGAUGCACUUAGUGUGGCCAAGAGAGUUUUGGAAUCCAAGUCAUUAGUGCCAGGUGGUGGUGCAGUAGAAGCAGCACUCUCCAUCUACUUGGAGAACUAUGCUACCAGUUUGGGAUCACGUGAGCAGCUUGCAAUUGCUGAAUUUGCCCGGGCUUUGUUAGUUAUUCCAAAGACUCUGGCAGUAAAUGCAGCUCAGGAUUCUACAGACCUGGUUGCUAAGCUGCGUGCAUUCCACAAUGAAGCCCAGGUAAACCCAGAACGUAAAAACCUGAAAUGGAUUGGUCUUGAUUUAGUGAAUGGAAAACCAAGGGACAAUAAGCAAGCUGGUGUUUUUGAGCCAACUAUGGUCAAAACAAAGAGUCUGAAAUUUUCAACAGAAGCUGCAAUUACUAUUCUUCGUAUUGAUGACCUCAUUAAACUUUAUCCAGAAGAUAAACAAGAGAAAGGAAAAAGCUACCAUGAUGCAGUUCAAAGUGGAGAGCUUGAUGGUUGAAGAACUGAAGUUUUAAAUGUUAUUUGUUGGAUUAUUAUUAGUAUUUUUGCAGAUAGCGAAAUACAAAAUUUUCCCAUUUUCUGCUUUUGCUUAUUGUUUUUGUGGCUACUGAAUAUUUAAUUGUUUCUAGUACCUGCAUAUUCCACUCAUUAAGGAAAAAUAUCACUUUCUUUGGAACUUGGAAAUUGCCUGCAUUAGUACCUUUUUGUUUACUUGUACUGGAUGAUAUUCAUGUCUUCAAUAAAGUCUGACAAACUA